AUGUACUUCCCAACGUCCGCAGCCCGACAACUAUGCACAACGCCUGCUUUGCCCGAUAUCCCCCCUGAGCUUGUUUUGUCCCUUUGUCCGAGCCCGCAAAGAUCUUGGUUCUGCGCCUUGUCUAGGACAGGAUUGGCCAUAUGGAGAGUGCGGCCGUCAGUCUUGUUGGCGUAUCUUGAGCGUACACCUACUUCUUUGGACGAGCACGGUGACAGUGCCAAUGUGCACUGGCCGCCAGAUGGAAGGAGGAUAGUUAUUCAGGUGUACAAGUCCCCCCCGCUGGCUAGCACUGCUCAGCGCCACUUCUUUCCCGGACCUGGAGAGGGUCUCACCCUGCAGGGACUCACUGUGCACUUGGAGGGAGUUGUACGAAUUGAUGGUCACUUGCUUUGUGUUUCUCCCCGCAGAAACUACAUCAUAUUUUCGACUACCUCUCCACAAGCCGUGCAACGCAUACCAUGGCCAGACGACGGAGAACCGAAGACGUAUCCGGCACGCAGGGACAACCUCUACGGGGCGCACGCCUGGUAUAUAGAGGAUCAUGAGUUUCCAUGGCUAGUCGAUUCUGAUGUUGCUGUAACAAAGAUCUUCCACCACCGGGGUAUGGGCUCGGAGAUCUGGAUCACGUCAGACGGGAGGGCCUACUUCGUCCAGCUGCGAGAGAUACCGUCUCGUGAGGCGAUGCCAUUCCCUGAGCGGUCUGCGGAAGACAUGCAGAAACAACGCAGAGUAGAACCAGACGAAACAGGCUUGAAUCCGUAUCCAUAUGACGAACCUCGGCGAGCUGUCUGCGCUUCGGUCAACAGCCACUUUUCAUUGGUGGCCAUCGGCACACAUGGGGGUGCAGUACACUUGACAAACUUUCCACUGCACGAAGGUGUAGUACCAAAGUCCCAGACCCUUCAACUGCCGAGCCUAUAUGCUGGUACAAAGCCCGGCAGCGUUCUCACUAUGGAGUGGAGCUCGGACGGCUACGUGCUGGCUGUGGGCUGGGAGCACGGAUGGGCCGUUUGGAGUGUGGGGGGCCGGUGCUUAGCCUGGGGUUUCGGCGUCGAAGAGCAUAUUGAUGCCGAAAAGUUCCAAGAUUACUUUAUGAAUGGCAUUCGUAGUCUGUUCUGGUCCUCUGGCAACUUCGAGCUCGUGGUCCUAUCUGUCGUUGACCCGCCUCGUAAGUGGACCAACUGCCUACGAGAAUGUACCCUUCGUAACAUUUGCAUAGGUGUCGGCAGCGAACUGUUCGUCAUACCUUUUGCGAAGAGCGCCGCGACCGGUCAGCAUGCACCAGAUAACACGCGCUAUGCGUUCCUCCAAAUGGACGACCGUGUACUCAUUUAUAGAGGAGCUGAUCAGCCGGACAUGAGCGUGAUUAAUCCAGAGUCCGACGUCUGGCAGCAUAUACAAAUACCGCAGACUUAUCUCGCGACUAACUGGCCUAUAAAGUAUUCUUCCAUAAGCUCCGACGGCAGACUAGUUGCUGUUGCUGGCCGCCGGGGCCUAGUUCACUACAGCAGUAGUUCGGGCCGCUGGAAGCUGUUCGCCGACGAGGUACAGGAGCAAGCCUUUGCCGUUAAGGGCGGCCUCCUCUGGUUUCACCACGUCCUCAUAGCUGCAGUCGAAGUGUCGAAAUCACACCAGAUACGACUGUACUCUCGUGACUUGGAACUCAGCAAUAAGAAUGUAUUGCAUCGAGAAGUCAUGUCCUCUCCCGUUGUCAUCUUGUCCUUGGUGGACAAUUCAUUAUUAGUAUACACCAUGGACAACACCUUGCUCCACUACUUGAUCGUGCCGACCGCAGACACUAUCAAGCUUCACCUUUGCGGGAGCAUCACUUUCGACGGUAUUAUCGCUGCGCCGAGUGCCGUCAGGGUACUGAGCUGGAUGAUCCCCAACGCUCAGAAGCAGCUUGGUGAUCCCGUGGAUGACCUAGCUGUCGCAACAGUCCUUAUGAUGGUAGGCGGCAAGCUGGUGCUGCUGCGUCCGCGAAAGAUGGCAAGCGAAGAGGUUAGAUACGAUAUGCAAAUCCUCGCGGAUCGCGUAGAGUUCUGCUGGAUUCAUCUUCGCGGCAUCGGUGCCCUUGAAAACUCCCUGUGGGGUUACGAUGGGCAAAGCCUGCGGAUCUGGUUGAAUGCUCUGUCGAUCGAACCGAGCAAAUCUAGUCCCGAGGAUGAUGCAGCAGAUGGGGCAAGUCUUGCCCCGAAAGAGAGCCUAAGCAUUCAACUCGACUUCUACCCUUUAUCGGUGUUAAUGGAUAAAGGUAUCAUCAUCGGAGUAGAGCAUGAAGCUAUUGCCCGAAUGAAUCUGCCGUUCGUCAUCUUUCGACACGCUACCAGCUCUCAUCUCUUCCUACACCACGUUUUACUGGCUCACCUCGAAGCUGGGCAGGUACAACAAGCCGUGCUCUUUGCAUCCCAUUACCAGAAGCUGGUCUACUUCGCGCACGCGCUGGAGAUUCUCCUGCACACUAUCGUUGAAAGUGACUCGAGCUCGUCCGGUUCCAAAGAUGCUGAGGUCAACGGUGAUGCCACGGGUUCGGACAGCGUGCUGCAUGCUGUCGUCGAGUUCCUGGACCACUUUGACGAGUCGCUGGACGUCGUAGUACGCUGCGCGCGCAAGACCGAGAUGACGCGGUGGAGACGACUGUUCGACGUCGUAGGCAACCCGAAAUCUCUCUUCGAGACAUGCCUGUCCACAGGACGCUUGAAGACGGCUGCUUCUUACUUGCUCGUACUGCACAAUCUGGAGCAGUUGGACGAGAGCAAUGAAGAUGCUCACCGGCUUCUCAAGGUCGCCGUACAGGAGGAAGAGUGGCAGCUCUGUCGAGAGUUGCUUCGCUUCCUGCGUUCCAUUGAUGAAUCAGGUUCAGUGCUGCGAGAUGCCCUGGCAAAGACGGGGUUGACCUCAACCAAACUCCAUAUCACAAAAGCACAAAUCGCAGUAUAA